AUGUCGCGCUGCUCUACGAGGCCCUGGACGGCGAUCCAUGAGGAGCAAGCUGCGAAGGUCCAGUUCCCUUGUCCCGCGGGCAAUGGCCGAGGUCCCGCCCAGGAGCUUUGCGCUGUUUAUGCAUCCCUCCUUCCUGGUGCUGUGCCUGAGCGGCGUUUGCUUCGCCCCGACACAGUGGAACUCCUCACAAGCACUGCACGACGAGGGUUGUAUGAUGAGCUACAGGGAACGGACACCGAGUGGUCCUUGGGCUUUGCGGUGAACUGCAUCCUUUCAGGCCGCUACGCGUCUGCGAAAGCCUAUGGCCAUGGGGGCUCGCAAAGUUCCUGGGCUUUUGCGGAUCCAGCGAAUGACUUGGCGGUUUGCUGCCUCUGCAACGGCAAGCCAGGCCCGGAGCAGCACUACCGCCGGGUUGGAGCUGUCAGCACCGCCAUCUAUGAGGACCUGAACCUGUGCAGCAGUGAGCCGCGGUCCUUCACCUUGCCCGGCGGUAUGGGGAGCUUCUGA